AUGCCGUUAGAUCGAUCGUUCGCCAGUGCCUCUCAAAAGCCAGUUUCCGGUUCGACCUUUUCCCGCGCGCAGCCCGCCAUGCUCCUUCAGCAGCUAUCGCGUGACCCCGCGCAGCGGGAGGAGCAGCUCGGUGUUUUGCUCCAAGACAGCCCCGCGGGCUCCACCCUCCCCGCAUGGCUCCUCGCACACACAAACCCCGCGGUCGCGGUGCUGUUCCGACCGACCGCCAUCCGCGCUCCUCCCAACAGCGGCGCCGACGAGGCUCGCUCGGACGAGCCUGCGCUUCGAGGGGAUGUUCCCGCGCUUGCGAAGAAGAGGAGGUUCGCGCAAGUGGCGGCGGAGGACGAGGAGGUGAAUAGCAGCCAUCGCAAGUCGCCGCUAAGCUCGCCACCUCGGCCACCCUCAAAACGACUUGCACUCACCGAAGCCGCAGUUCCCGUCGCGUCGAGAAUUCCGCCAAACGAGGAAACCUCGGGGACUCAUGGCGCUUCGUUGAGCGCGCUACAGCCGGAUGCUACACUCAGCCUGGCGGAGCGACUCUCCCGCUACGACCAGCUAACGGCGUCCCUCCGCUCCUCCCUCCCGCACGGCAACCUGAACAAGUGGGACGUGGCGGUGGGGCGGCUGCGGGAGCGCGUGGCGCAAAAGCCGGAGUUUGGAAGCAACGUGAACCAGUUCCUCGUGUUCCUCCACAGCCAGCUGCGCGGAUCGCAACAGCCCUCCGCACGCGCCGCUCUGCACCAGUUCGCCGCGCUUAUGCGCGCCAGGUGCCAGCAGAAGCAGCAGCGGUCGGAAGGUGGUAACCAGUGCGUGGUGGGGGAAAGCGGGAGUCUUGAGGGCGUGAGUGAUUUAAAUGGAAUGUCAGUACUCGGUGCGGGCAGCAGAAGUGGCUUGAAUGGUGCCGCGGAGGGAGUGGGUGCGGUAGAAUGCGAUAGAGGAAGUGCGGCAGAGAGGAAGAUGGAACUUCAGUGGCUGCUCCGAUAG